UGUGCAGCCCACUAGAAACACACAUUUCAGAAUUUUACAACCAUUUAAUUACCCCGAAAAUUGCUUUAGCAAAUUGUUAAUCAAGCAACGGCAAUCAGCACAUACAAUGUUAAAAAUGGUUUACUCCGGAAAAAAAUGUAACAACGAAUCAUAAAAAAGAAUUAAGAAAGCAAGUAAUUUGCGAUGCUGCUGCUCCCUCUGUUUCUGUUGACCUUUUCUUCGAGACCGGAACCCAAUGGAGCGGCGCAAAUUCUGGGCUUGUUUCAACAUCCCGGCAAGAGCCACUUUGACUUCUUCAGACCCAUGUUUUUGGCCCUGGCAGAAAGAGGCCACAACAUCAGCAUGUAUAGCUAUUUUCCACUGGAGAGGCCAGUGGCCAACUACACCGAUUUUGUCUUCCAGGGAAUGCCUCUUCUCACAGACAUUGUAGACCUCAAGAACUUUGAAUCGGAAUGGAAGCCCCUGGGACUGCCCUUCAAGGUGCCCACAUUCUUUAUGCUUAACGAUUGGGGCCUCAGAUCCUGUAGAGUGGCUCUUAACUCCCCACUCAUUGCCCAUCUGCUCGAGUCCCCCGUUCGCUACGACGUCAUAAUCCUGGAGCAUUUCUCCAACGACUGCAUGGCAGCGGUGGCCCACCUGCUGAAGGCUCCUGUAAUCGCGUUGAGCAGCUGUGCCAUAAUGCCUUGGCACUACAAACGCAUGGGCAGUCCGUUCAUUAACCCCAUAAUGCCCAUGAAUUUCCUGCCCUACACAGAUGAGAUGAGUCUGAUCGAUCGACUGAAUAACUUCUUCCAUUUCCACACCGUGAAUACGCUGUACAAUGUGAUUACCCAACCAGCCACCGAUGCGCUGAUCAGUGAGAGGUUCGGACCCGGACUGCCACCCAUCAACGAGAUCGUGAAGAAUACGAGCCUGAUGCUGAUCAAUCAGUAUUAUGCCCUCACCGGACCGCGCCCCUAUGCUCCGAAUGUGAUCGAACUGGGCGGGUUGCAAGUGGGUCCACUGAAACCGCUGCCACAACACUUGUUAGAUCUUUUGGACCGCUCUCCCAAUGGAAUCAUUUAUAUUAGCUGGGGGUCCAUGGUGAACACUAACACACUACCUUCAGCUAAAAGAAAUGAGCUUUUCCAGAGCAUUUCCCAGCUGAAGGAAUACAACUUUUUGAUGCGCUGGAAAGGUGAAAAGUCUCUGGACAACGAAAAACCCUUCAACCUCUACACCUUCGACUGGUUGCCCCAAAGAGAUCUGUUGUGCCAUACGAAGGUCAAGGCUUUUAUUACCCAUGGAGGUCUUUUGGGCACCACUGAGGCGGUUCAUUGUGGGGUUCCAAUGCUAGUGACACCUUUCUACGGAGAUCAGUUUCUCAAUUCCGGCGCCAUAAAACAGAGAGGCUUCGGAGAAAUUGUUGACUUCAGUAAUUUUGAUGCGGAUCACAUAACCAGGGGACUGCGAGUUAUACUGGAUAAAAAAUUUGCAGACAAUGUUCGCCGAUCCACUGAAGCGUUCCGGCAGCGGCCCACUCCCCACUUUGAAGACCCUUUAACAUGUCACAUGGACAAUAUAUUAUCGUUUCCUAAUUAAUUUAAACUUGAGUUG